GUCUCCACCGACACGAUCGGCCACUCGGACGACGUUAUGGACUGUCGUUUCGGAUUUGGACCACUUCCGGAGACUGGGGAACACACCACCGGCAAUCAGCCGUUCAUCAACCCAAAAUUCAACCUGCCCAGUUUUGUAGCAACACCCAACAAGAAGCGCUUCCACAACUGUGCCGGUCGCCUCUACCACCAGCUCAGCUGCUCCCAUCGUAUUCGAACGGACAUCGUCGAAGAGUGCGGCACGAAUUGUGUGGAGCCAUUUCAGGGCCGAAUGGGUCUCCCUUUCUGCUGUCAGGAAUGCUUAGAUCAGCAGUACAAAGCAUCGAGGGAGCAGCUUGAAACUGGCGUCCGAUCCAUGUACAGCGGAUAUGAGGAAAUCAGCUGGGAGGAGUACGAGGCCUGGUUCAACGCAAAGGAAGCGUCUCUGGAAGAUUUUGAGCGGAGCUGGCAAGCAUACGUUAGAGGAGUCCGAUCCGAAACGCGACCUAGUCAUGUGGCCUCUGCCCGUGAGUCCGAGCCAGAGGACUUGGAUCUCGCGGGCAGUCUCGGCUGUAUUUCCUUGGAACGGGAAACGCCCACCGUGGCUUACUGUCCACCUUCAAUGUCAUUGAAUGGGCAGCGAGUGAGCCUUGCUACCGAUCCACCUGAGCAACUUCGCUUCAAUCUUGAACUCUUGUCCCUC